AUGAAAUCAGAUUCUUUGGCAGUAAGUGUAUUUGUUUUUGAUUAGGAAGAAUUACUAAAUCAAGAACCCAAUAGGUCGUGGAGCAGGUAGUUUUGUAUGUAAAAUUGUCAACCGUUUAAGUAAAGUAGAGAUGGCUGCCAAGAUCAUACAGAAAACAUUAUAGAAUUCAUAAAAAAUAUAAAAUGAAGUUGAUAUUCAUUUAGAAUUGCAUCAUAAGAAUAUAGUGCAUCUAAUAGACAUAUUCGAAGAUGAGGAUAACAGUUAUUUGAUUAUGGAAUUAUGUGAUUCAGAUAUCUAUUAGUUAAUAAAAAAGGAACUAUUCACUGAAUAAUAAAUACGUUAUUAUGGAAAAUAAUUGGCAGAAGGCUUAUAAUAUUUACAUUCUCAUAAUAUAAUUCAUAGAGAUAUCAAAUUAGGUAACUUAUUAAUCUAGAAUGAUAUACUAAAAAUAGCUGAUUUUGGAUUGGCUGUAAAAUUAAAUAAUGAUGAAGAAGAGAGAAACACUUUAUGUGGAACUCCUAAUUAUAUAAGUCCUGAAAUCUUAAAUCAAUAACCUUAUGGUAAGAAAGUAGAUUUAUGGAGUAUGGGAUGUUGUUUAUAUUCUAUGGCUAUAGGUCAUGGACCCUUUGAAGAAAAAAAUGCUCCUUUGGGUGAAGUUUUGAGAAGAGUCAAAAUUGGCGAUUUUUAUUUACCCAACAAUUUCAGUGAGGUUUUUAAAGAUCUGAUCAUUAAUUUAUUAAAUUUAGAUGCUGAUUAAAGAUAUUCUAUUGAAAAGAUCAUAAAACAUCCUUUUUUUAUUGAAACCAUUCCUCCAAAAAUUUAGAGUAGGAAUCAAUCAAGUUCAUAAAUUAAAUAACUUCUUGAUCUAAGUCCUUUUGUAAAACAUUAACAUAAAUCUACUUGUUCUAUGAUUGGUUUGGAAAAAUAAUAAAUAGUAGCAUCUUUCUUAUAGAAAUAAUAACAAUUAGGUGGUAAGAAGUUAUUAUUUGGUCAAACUACAAAUUGUAAAGGUGGGUUAAAAUAAAAUUAUCAUCUGGAGAAUGUUCCUAGAUUUUUCUUACCUUAGGAAUCUCAUUCUAAUAAUACAAGUUGUAAUCAUUACAAUAAAGAAAAUAUAGAUAAAGAAAAUUACAAUAAGGAAAACAUUAGGGAUAAUAGUGUUAAACUAAUUAAACAUAAUUCUUCAAUCAUUAAUGUUUAUAAUGAAUCUCCUAUAAAAUUAGGGGAUUUAAAAUCAUGUAAAUUAUAAACAAAGAAUGGAUUAUUAUAAAUACAUGAAGAUGGCAGAUUUUAAAUGGAUGUAUAUAAUAAAGAUUUAAAUUUUAUAAUAUAAACUAAUGGAUAAGAAGUAAUACUUAUAUUAAUUUUUUAGGUUUUAGUUUAAAAAAAAGGAUAAAAACCAAAAUUAUAUCGAUUAAACGAACUACCAUAAAAACUGUAGAAGUUUUAUACUUAUUCUAAACAAGUUUGCAAUGCAAUAAGGGAAAGAAAUUAAAAACAUAAAAUUAAUAAUGAACAUGGAAAUUUUGCUUUAAAACAUACUAAAUUAGGAGAAUGUUAUGAAGGAUACAUAGCAUAGUCAAAAAUUAAAGUAUUUUUUUAUUAAUAUUAUAAUUAGAUUCAACACAUAUUGAAUUCAGAUACAAUAAAAUUGUAAUUAUAAAAUGGAUCUUUCAAAUCUAUCAACAUUAAUGAAUUUCAAGAGUUAUCUACUUAAGCUAAAAUGGAUCCAAGUGAAGUUUAUUCAAUUAAAAUAGCUCUUAAGUAUUUACCUCAAUGUUAAUAAUGA